UUAUAUCAUAGUGCCAGUUGGGUCUGGCAUGUCACAGAAAAGUGUCAGGCCUCAGAGGGAGGGAGAGGAGCUCUGAAAUAUUAUCCACAGUAACUCCAACAGGGCAGGGAGAGGUGGUGGAAGGAACUGUCACAAAACAGGGGAAGGUUCGGAAAGUUAGUUUGGACAAAGCCUUGUUUUAGAAUAAGAUCGGACCAGGUUCUGCACGCAAGGUUCAUAUCCACCCCAGACCUUCACCGAUCAAAUUCGACACAACUCGGCUCCUGAACCUCGAUUGCAAUGAUUCCUGAUCAAUAUUUAAUCGAAUGUCCAAUGGAUAGUGACAAAGAUGAAAAGUAUCUGCAAAGUCAAGCCAACACCGCCGUCUACAGUGAUGCCCCCCAAAGACUAGAUGUGCGGGAUCCACGGGGGGUCAACAAGCACCUCAAGGUAGAUUUUUCAGAUGUCCUAGCUGAACCGGACUCAUUCCAUAGUUUUGACAAAGUCUGGACCUGGAGUGAUAUCUUGUUUGAAUCCUCUAAGCUCUGGUGCUAUCGAAUCAUCUCCUUGCUGUGUGCCGUUCCUGUGUCCCUGAUCUCAGGCAUCCUCUUUGCUAUCCUAGGGUGCAUCCACAUAUGGUGUGCUAUGCCAUGCAUUCAGCUCUGCAAUAUCUGUAUGCCCCCCAUCCGGACGCUGUGGGCAAGUCUCUUGGACAUCUUCGUAGCUCCUCUCUGUUCCAGUCUGGGGCGAUGCUUGAGUUUCAUAUAUGUCAAUGUGACCAAGCAGCGGGCGUAACAGACCAAGGUGUAAAUUUCUUCACAAGAGGGAAACAAAUGAAAGAUAAAAUAUAAUAAUAACGCUGCAGAGCAUUCUGGGAUUGAAAUCUGAAAACAGAAGGCACUAAUUGCAUUGCAACAAUGGAAUGAAAUGAACAAUAAAAAGCUAUUUUUUAUUUUU